AGCGGCGGCUAUUUUCGCUCAGCGGUCCGCGGUACCGGUUUCUUGCGGGCACACGGCUCCACGAGUCGCCAGUCGUAACGCAGGUGCCCUCUUGGCGCGUUUACGUUUAGGCUGCGGCUGUGGCGUUUUCCGCGACGUAUUCGCUGUUAUUACAAAAUAUCAGCUGUUAUAAUAUAAUAUACGCGCGUAUUACACACGAUACAAACGAUAAAACAUUGCCGUAUUUUUUACGAAAAUAAUCAAAUAAUUAUAUACAUAACUAGUACGGCAUUGUGUGUGUGUGUGUGUGUGUGUGUGUGCGUGUGUAGUAGGCGCGUGGUAAUUUUUGUAUAUACGUGCGGGACGAAGAGAGACCCCUUGGCGCGCGUCCGGUUAUAUUGUCGUACGAAUUGAACGUCGUUAUCAACCGCAAAUUUCACCGGAAACCCGACCCCGAACCGCCGCCAAAAUGAUGGAUUCCACGUCGGCGGACUAUUGCAUGUUCGCCAAACAGUCUAUGGUCGUGGAGGGUUACAUGGUGUCGCCGUCCGUCGUCCACCAACGAACCAACAGCCAAGUAAAGGUGAAUUACUAUCGGCUAUCUUUUUCUUCUUCUUCUUCUUCUUAAUCUCGGCUUUAUUCUGCACUGAGUUUGAGCCCCUGCCGCCGGCCGGAUAGCAUUUUCGGCUCAGCAAAUGUGUUCGCCAAUCAGUUACAUUCGGUUUCGUAGUACCUGGUGAAAAUCUAAUUCACACUGAACUGUGGUCAUAUUUUGAAAAGGGACCGAAAUUUUACCUAACCGUGACGUAUUUCGGGUACAAAUGUUCGCGUAUAAUAACCGUUACGUAUGUUAUGUUUCACGGUAAACGAAAUGCAAACACUUUUCGAGAAUUUGUGGGAUUCGAAUUUGGAACUGCCCAUUUCCUACGUAUUCGGGAAAACCCUAUAUCCUAACGAUACCGGAUGUUAUCCAUGAAUGAAAAUUUAAUGCUUAAACAUUUCAUUAUUAUAUAUCUUUAUCGUUUCGAGCACCAUGAUAUAAGAACACCCCAUACGGUUUACCGCCCCUAAUACCAAAAAUAAAUUUAUCGUCCCUUAGUACUCAUUCAAAGCUCCCCGUUGAGAACCACUGGGUUAGGUGUAACAAAAGACGAUUUUAUGAUGUAUUCAUGACUCGUGAGUAUUAUUUACUACGUGCCUAAGUAUUACUGCUUGGAUUUUAUAUUCUAAAUCUCGUCGUAUCCCGUAACUCCUAUGGCUUUCCGCUACGGGUCUAAAAUAUAAACUGUGCGAGCUUAUAAUAGAGCAGAGAUCUAAUGACACUCAACGGCGAACAAAUAUGACAUUACCUAACGUGAGUCGGGUUUUAUUUAUCACUCAUCACUCAUCAGUUCUCGGUUAUUCAUCUGUCAUGUAGAAAAUCAAACGAUUUUCCACUUUCAUUUUUAAUUCACAACAAUAUACGACCCGCAAUCAAUUUAUCAGUUUAUCUUUUAUUGUUAUUUGACUGACGCGAUCGAAAGACGGUGGUGGUCUUUUGUGGCUUGCUAUUUUUCCCUUAUAUUAUUCUUUAUCGAUAGUAAAUUUUCAUAUGGUGAAGUAUAUUUUAAAUACAUUUUUGACUAUUUUUGUCUUCUUUAUGUACAGGUACAUAAUAUUGUAGUUCAUCCGUCUUUUGAAAAUACCAUUGAGAUAGCUAUCCCCUGCUGCUGUUGAACAACUUAAACGCGAUGUACUCAACUGCAGAAUAUUAAUUACAUUACCUAUUGCACAUAAAACCGACGGAUUUUUUAUGGUGCAUGACGCUUGUUUUUAUUCUAUCCCGCAGAAUUCACGUUUAAAUAAUCGUGUCAUAAUAAUAUUAUAAUAGAUUUUUAGAUUCUGAGUGGAGCGGAGUAGCUUAUGGUUGAAUAAAAAUGUUUAUUGUUAUUUUAUUGUUGUACUUCGUAGUAACUAUUCAUUGUCGGAUUCGAUUUUCUGCACUGCAAUGAAAAUGCACGUGCAGUUUUUUCCCCCUUUCGCAGAAACCACAUAAAAACCUCGAAACGCGUUUCAUUUUCUCGUAUUAUAUUAUUAUUAUUAUUAUAGAGUCUGCAGAGUACCUACUCACAACGGUUAAAAUGGAAGGGAUGACGGAAUUCCUCUGCUUAUUUAAGAAAAAAUAAUACGCACCCUUUAGUUUAAGUCUUCUUGCCGAUACCAUUGGGUUAUGCGUAAUUAGACUCUGUUUUACUUAAUUUUUACUGAGCAUUGAACAGGCAUAUGUAUAAGAUAAUAUUUGAGGGGAGGGUAUAGUUUAUUUUUAAAUCCUAUAAGCACACAAUUUUUUUAAACAAAUUCAUGAAGGAAAAAAAUAUUUAGAAGUCUUGUCUUCAUGAUCAUGAGUUUCCUGUAAGUUUGGUUGGGCUAAUUUCUCGCGAAUGCCUCUCAAUUUUCGAUAAAUAUAUAGUCCUUCCUCAAAGUUUUUUCCGCUUUGCCCACUGCUUCUAUGUAUACACAUACAGACAACCCCCCAAAAGGAUUGAUUAUUAACUUUGUAUAAUAAUUGUACGCGUCGUUUGACCUUGGGCGCUUUUUCCUCAAGGUUUCGACUUGACGAUUCGACGAGCGCGUGCGUCCUCGGGAUCGAGACACGACGAGCAAAUAAUUUAAUAAUAUUGCCUAUAGCUGCAGCUCUCGACAAGUAUUUUUAAAACAUUAUAUUUUUAUAAUAUAUAUUCGUAUAUCGUAUUUAGUAUACGUAUAUUUGUAUUGCAUUACAACAUCUUGGAACACUCUGGGCCAGGGAUAUUUAUGAAAAAAAAAAAAAACAAAAAAACAUUUACUUAUACACUUGAAGGUCGUUCUCAAUAUGUAUAUACGUAUAUCAUAAUAAUAUUGUACUCACUUUGAAUGGUUAAUAUUUAUUUAAUAUAAUAAUGUCGAUAAUAAUAUUAUAAUAUAUGAAUUCAUUCCCGUUCUUCGAGUUUACAAAAUCGCAUCGUUAUACGUGUUUUACCUUAUCAUAGAUACGCAAACGUCGUAACCUAAAAUAUAAUAUUUUCAUGAAACUGAUCGGUUGUUGCAUAUCACAACUACACUGUGUAAGUUUUUUUGGUUUUACUCCGAUGAUAAUGUGUGUGUAUUUUUACUUUUUUAUUUUUGAUUAUUAACAACUUUUCUGUCAGAAAUAUUGCUCAGAUUUUCAAGUGUAGCAUCUUUCUGAAAAAAAAAUUUUUUGACGUGAUUGACGGUCAUUUUUUUUUAUUUUCCUUGUAGUUUUCUAAAUAAUUAAGGUCAAACAGGAGUAUGUUUACGAAAAUAACGGUUUUAUUAGUUUCGACUUUGGUUUUUUAGUUUUAAUUCAAUAUUUCCGAUUAUUAAUCUUUAAUAUGAGUAGACGCAUGUUCAAAAUAUUUUCGAUUUAAUUGCAAUGUUGCCUAACUAUUUAGUAUUUCAGAUAUUUUAUAAAAGUUUAAAAUAUUGUGUAACAUUAUUUACGAACAGUAAUUUUACUGUUUUUUUUUUCUUUCUGAAAACGGUAUUUAUUAAUUGAACAAUUUUAUAACAAUUUAAUACCCACAGGCUAUUCGCCGAACACAAUUUUCACACGAGUCUGAUGCGAUAUAGUAUAUUAUAGUUAUAACUUUUAUUUGCCAGUCACAUACUCAUAUUACUCAUUAUAUUUUAUUAUAUACGUCACAAUCAUUGCAGUGUUUAUAAUCACUGUUGCAGAUAUGGACAUAUUUUUAUUACGUACACCUAGAUACGAUAUCGAUUUCAUGUUGAAUAAUAUAAAAAUUUAGGUGAUAUUACGUUUCAUGGAAAGUUGGUGGAAUUAAAUACCACUUCGCGUAUUGUCCAAAGUAUUUCGUAUAUUUUACGAAAUUCGUCUUUGUGAUGUCGUAUUGAUGAAAAUAAAAAAAAAAACUCUUGAGCUGCAGAACUCCGUUAAUAUAGAGUUGAAUUGGCUACCACUUAUUUCGUAUAAUAGGAAUAUUCUUUGAAAAACAAUACAUAACCUAGUCAGGGCCUGAUUAACCACUAGGCUAAAUAGGUUACAGUCUAGGACGUCAUUAAAAGGGGGGUAGCAAAAAAACAAUUUUUUUUUUUAAAUUGAUGUUUUCACGUCACUUGUAUCUGAGAUAUACCAAUAAUGACUAUAAUAGGGGUAGUCAGACCUUAUUUGGUCGCGACGAAGUCGCUAGAAAUGUCAAAAAACGACAGGAGAAAGAUGUACGACGGACAUACAAUACAGUGCUGUAGUCUAUUUGAUAUUCACGGUGAAAAUGAAAACAAAAAAACGCUUUCCUCAAAGUAAAAACUGUCACAAUUUCUAUUCUGUACACAAAUCGCUACCUCUGGGUCGUCUAAAAUAAUCAACGAUUUUAUCUCGUAGCGGACACACUUGUAUCGAACAUUUAAACAAUAUUCCGGGUCUCUAAUAGUCUGACGAGUUUAUGUGUUCGCUGCGACAGAUGUCACCCAUAGAGAGAAACGUACUGUUCGUACGAUCUACCCACCCGUGUCUUAACUAUUAAACAUUGUAUUCGAUUUUUCUUUUUUUUUUUUUUGUUUACAGACACCAUCUGUAGACCACUGAUUUCUUCUCUAAGUAUACGUAGAUAAAAUUAAAAUAGAAACAAUAUAUUACUUAUGUUAAUCGAUUCGAAAUUAAAAUUUGUUUUUGUUUUACUUUCUACUCUGCAACACGCGUGUUUUGUGAAGUUUACACAACGUAUUGAUAUUGAAUUUAGCGAUUUCGCAAUAUUAUAUUUAUAAACACGCGUUGUAGGUAUACAUAUCCUCGAAAAACGGUUUGCGUAUAUCUGUUGGGAUUUGAUUUCUUAUGUAAUUUUUUUUUUUCAAACUAAUAUUUAUCUAUACUUGUAUUUACAUUUGCAUAACCAAUACAGGUAAAUAAUUAAAUUUGACAUUUAUGACGAACCUCUGAAGUGAUUCACAUUUAAUAUUAGUAUUAACCUUUUUUUUUUUUUGUCCUAAAUAAAAUUCCUUUCUCCUUGUACUUACCGUACACGGAUCAGUUCAUUCCAACGAUAUACCUUUUUGUUAUGUCAUACCCAGAGAAACUAAACGGCUUGUUACGGCCUAUUAAAAAAAUAAUAGUAAAACCUACAGUAACAAUGAAUUUUAAACAUACGAAUUAUUGUUCACCGUCGAGAACAGUUUUUUUUUUGUCGUUAUAAUUAAUCGUAAAAUAAAUCCAACAUAAGACGAACGCGAUUUUAAAUCGGUUACCGAUAAUCGGUAUAUAAUAUGAUAUAUUUAUUGGCAAAAUUAUUUACACAAAAACCUACCAUUACACUGCGAUUAAUACAAUUAUUAGUAUGUAUGUGUGUCUAGGUUAACAUCGUGAACCGUUAUAAUCGACGUAAAUUAUAUAUUAUUAUUUUUUACGUGUGUGUACCGUACGUAAACAUAUUACGCGUUGUAAAAAAACCACGAAGAUUUUUAAUAUUGUAAAUCUACAACACGCGGCUGUUGCAGCUAUAUCAUAUAUAUUGUAGUUCAAGACCUUGUCCUUGAGAACCUUGAGAUUUCCCUAUUGUGUUAUUUUAUAUGAUAUUAUUAUGUAUGUAUUUGUAUUGUAUUGUACCGAAAAGUAAAAAAACAAAAUUAAAACAUUGUUUACACUUUUCACAGUAUAAAAAUCGGUGAUUUAUUUUUUUAUCAAUAAAAAAACAAUGGUUUGUAUUAUGGGCUCGGAGAUGCUUUUUACCUCGUACCUAUAUCAUAUUUUCAUGAUGGUUUUUGGUGAUGGGACGACACUUCUGAACAGUUUACACUAACAUCGAUAGUUUUCGGUGUAGUUUACAGACAAACUAUUGAAUAUUUUUUCCCCACGAGCGAAUAUUUUCAUUCGGAAAAUUAUUCGAAUAGUUUCUUUUUCCUAUAGCCGAAUAGUUUUCAAUCUAUCGAAUAGUUUGAAUGCGAUCGACCAUAUGGAUUAGUUCGAUUUGUUAAUUCCAAUUAAAUAAACGAUAACACAGGCGAAGAAAAAAACAAUUAUUUGUUUUCCCACAAUAAUAAAAUGACAACGAUAAAUUGUCGCGUUUAAGAAAAAUACUAAACUCCGUAUCUUAUCUCCGUAUAAAAUACAUUGUCAUUUUGGAGUUUAGACUUUUGCUGGCGACAAUCUAUUGUGCUUCACCCGAACAGUUGCCAUUUCGGAUAAAUAUUUGGAAGUAGGCUGACGACAAGUAUGAUGAAAUGUAUGAAAUGCGCGAGUGGUUAUUUCGUCCAAAGCGGUCGUCAAUAAAUACAGAAAUACGAUAAAAUAAUAAUAGUUGCGUAUACUGACUAGCGGUGAAUAUUGAGGUCAAUCUGUACCAGCCGUAGUAUCUACACCAUGUGGUUGUAUAUUAUAUAGGUACUUAUCCUAACGCGGUGUCGAUGCAGUAAAGGCACUAAAAUAAUUGUUAUGAAAAUUCGUCCAGUGUUAAUAUGCUUUCUAAAAAAAUAUAGUGCAAGAUGAGGUUCUUUAUAAUAUUUUAGUUCGUCUUGUUGCAGCAGUGCAUCGUGUGCUUUCUAGUCCCGUAUGUAUUAGACAUAUCUGUUUUAUUGUCGUUCGUCCUGGUCGAUAGUAAAUGAACCAGACCGGUUUAACCACACCGCCGUUGAGUAAAGAUAACCGUGUAUACUAAUUAUAUACAGGGCGAUGAUUUUUUGGAGAAAUUUGACGUACAAUUUUUUAGACUAUUAAAUGAUAUUAAUAUAUAUUAUAAUACUAUAUAAUUAGGGAUUUGAUUUAUAUUCUUUUAUAAUCCAAAAAAAGCGCUUAAAAACAACAAAAAAUCCCUGAAAAAAACACAUAAAAACAUAUUAAAAAGUAAAAACGAUAGAGGGGUUUUAACGUCCUCUUCUAAUGGUUCUAAGUUAUUAUAAAUUAAAUUUCCGAACACUGCAAAAAUGAACAACACAAAAAUGAUUUCUUUUAAAUAAAAUCCUACAUAUUAUAAAAAAAAAAAAUUACUUUUUAAUAAUCAUUUUUGCAGUGUUAGAAAAUUGUAUUCAUAAUAAUUAAGUCCACCAGAGAGAAGACUAUUAAAAUCCUUUAUUAUUUUUGAAUUUUAUAUAUUUGUUAAGUGAUUUUUUGUUUUGUUCAAGGCUUUUUAAUGUUUUCAAGUGCUUUUAAGAACAUAUAAAUCCGUCUUCUAAUUAUAAUGGUUGAAAAACCGAAAACAAAUUUACUUAAAAUCUUCACGUAGAUAUUCGGUGGUUCGCGAUAAAAGAAUCAUUCUGUAUAUAAGUAUAUUAGACACAUGAUAUUAUAUAAAAUAUAAUUAAAUAUGUGCGACACGUGUAAAAUAUACACGUGCAUUUUUUUUUCGUAUACUGCACGUGUUGUAGUAAAUUUUCGAAUUUUAUGCUAUAUGUACGCGGCCGCCUUGCUAUGCUAAUUUAAUUUUUAGAUUUUGAGCGCAUCGUGGAAUGUAUCGGUUUUACUGCAAUGUGUUUUUUUUCUUUUAUUACUGCCUGUAAACAACGUUAUUAUUAUUUUUUUUUUAAAUUUUUUAGUUGUUUUAAUAAUUGAGAGAAAAACUCCGUUAUAUGCCUUCGAUUUCUCGCCAACAACAGUGGCAAAUAUACAUCCAUUCCCUUUCUCACACUUGUAAACUGUAAAUAAUACGUUCAAAUGCUGAAAGCAGCAAUAUCUUUUCAGCAUUUUUUUAUUUUAAAACCGAUUUAGUGAAUCCGGUUUUUAAUACGAUCGUUGGUUUUUUUUUAUUUAGGAAAAACCUGCGAAAACUACUUAUUGAGAAUGUCGCAAAACGCAGUUAGUUCAAAGUGAAAUCUCUCGAGGAAAUCGAAAAAUGACCUCCCUAAAGUACCUCCCAGUCCGAUUUCUUUUCAGAAGAAAUUGUUAUCAUUGUAAAUCGGAGCAAAAUUUCUGGUAGAAAAGUUGCGCAUAAAAAAAAAAAAAAAAAAAAUAAUAAAUUAAUAUCUUAUAACCACAAGCUUUUUCGUUCCACUAAGAAUUUAAAAGAUUUCGAGCGAAGCGAUAAAAUUUUUUUCGGGCCCUACCUUUAGUUCUCCAUACAUCUCUAUAUACGUGAAUAAGGCGUAUACUCACGGGUUAUUUUAGCAAUACAUCACUGGUUAUUAUAUUAUCAUAGUCGCUAUCCCGAAAAGUGGUCGAAGGAGAACUUCAUACGGGCACCUGUCGGACAAAUAUCGAGUCUGGUUUUGUUUUUUUUUUUUUCUGUGAUGUCUGGCCCAGGGCAAUGGCUCAGGUCGCGUGCAAACCGUCGUAAUAAUAUAGUUAUUCGUAUAAUUUCUCGUAAAUUACGCGAUAGUUUUGCCGUCCGAAGGGCGACGAAUAGCAAUCAUGUAUGGUCGUGUUUAAUAACACGCGUGUCGAAGGGGCCGUGCAGAAUUAUUCGAGUAUAUAAUAAGGUAGGUAUAGACAUAUUAAAAUAUGUAGGUGUGAUAUUACAAAUUACUACAGCCGUAUCAGUAGCGGUCAAAUUAUUAUUAUUGCCGUAUCAGGUAGCGGUCAAAUAACUUUGUCAUGAGGGAGGGAUAAGGAUAAUUUUUAUGAGUUAUUAUUAUUUACACAAUAUAAUAUACACUACUAUAAAUAUUUUUUUAAAAAGUCAGGCAACGAGGGGGAGCUAUCUUCUAAACCCCCCCCCCCUCCCCCCUCAUCCGUUCGACCGUCCCUGAAUCCUCGUUUGGUUCUCGCUGUUUUAAUAAUACAUCGUUAAUUUUUCGUUUAUUGAUUUCGGCACAUAUCGAUUAUCACCAAAAUUGUUUACGGCCACACGGCCGCAAUGACGGACUUCAAAACCGGCGAAACUAUCAGAUAACCUUCGCCGUGUGUACACAUUAUCGUGUUUCGGUUGUUACGCGUUGUUUUUUUAUUGUUGUGAUUUUGAUAAAUAACAUCAAUAAUCGAGACCGCGACGAUGACGAUGGGGUUUUUGUUUAGGUAAUACGAAGACGCGCCGGUAUAUAAUGGUCGUAAUAUCGUAUAUUAUUUUUCGACAGUUGAAAAUCACGUCCCGGAAAUCAAAUACGCCCGUAUUCAGACAAAUCAUCGCGCAAUGUAUACAAAACAUUUAAAACAAUUAUUAUUACGUUGUACGUCGCGUCACAUACGUAAUGAUGUACGAAAACAAUAAUCGUUUCAGUUGUUGUAAUAUUAUAUGCGCGAGUGGUGUCAGACGACGAGACAAAACUUAAACUGCAAGCUGCAUGCAGUGUACCUAUAAUAACAAUGUUAUUAUCAACAGUGGCGUAACUAGAACUUCCGAUGCUCGCGGUAAAAUAAAAAGAUCCUCACCAAUAAUGCCUUGGGCCCUGCUAGGGCCAUCAUCUGUUGUGGGUCCCUGGCGUUUGCCCACUUUGCUCACCCGGUAUUUACGCCAUUGAUUCAAUAUCCUAUAGAUACGGUGUACGUUGGUCAGUAUGUAACGGUAGGUAAGUUUUAUGAAAAGAUUGUUUAAACGUUUUCAUUUCGCAAUCAAUAAUAUCGAUCACGUGGCUUUUCACGCGUUUCACGCAGUCACGCCAUACGAUAUAAUUCUGUACUGAAUUUUCUCGCCGAAUUUAUCGAACGAGAAUAAACCCCGGUCGCCCGAUGUUCCGAUAUCAAACUUUUAACCGAUUUUAUACAGUCGAAUAAUAAUAACAUCGUAUAUACUGCAGCGAUAUUUUUAAAAAAAAACUAACAUCGAAAAAUACUAUCGUCUUCAAAAUCAAUGCGUACAGUCCAUACAGACGCGUCGUUAACAAUGUACUCAACUGUUUUGACGGGGAGAGCUAAUCAAAGUAAAAAGUAAAAUUAAACCUUUUGGACUUGGAGCGGUAAAAUUAAUUUUACUUUCGGUGUUCGGAGUUUGAUACACGUACAAUGUACAAAACACUUUCUCGUUCAAUUUCAUUUAUACAGAUGUACAAUAGAGACAUGUAGAUACGUCUGUACAUAUAUAUAUAUAUAAUAAUAUGACGUAUUGUUGCGUUCGAUUGUAAUAAUUUUACUCGCGGUUCAAUUAACUGUACAUUUUACGUUUUGUUAUUGAAUACACGUUCUAUAGAUAUGUAUUUAGAUUAUGUACGUUUACAGUAGAUAAUACGUGUAAUUAACAUAUAAAAUCAGUUCAGUUUAUAAUAUUAUAUUAUAAUGAUGUCGUUUCUGUAUUGUUUUACAGUCAUUUUUGGAAUCGUUAUCAAUCUAUUUACACUUUAAGCGUGUACCGUGUGCACCUACUUAUAAAAUUGAUCAUAUUGUACAAUAACGUAUAUUAGUAGUUAAACACAAUAUAAUAAUAAUAAUAAUAUUGUUUUUAUCAAAGAAAUAAAUGUCCAGUUUUUUUUUUCUUAUAUGUAUACAUAAUAAUAUAUUACAUACGUAUAUUAUCUAAAAUUUUAAGAUAAAAAUAAUAAUAAAUGUAUAAAACAAAGUGUUUUUAUUUCACUUUGUGAGACAAUCAUUAUGCUUCUAGUAAUUUGUUAUGUAUUUCUGAAAACAUUUGCCAUAAAAAUAUUCAAAGGUUUACAAAAAAAUCAAUAUUGUUCCCUAUAGAAUUACCCGCAGACAUUAAAAUAUUAGAUGGAGAAUUUAGCAUAUAAUUUAUAGUUGAAUGUUUUGUGUAGAAUAAAUUAAAAGAUCGGUAGUUUAUCGGAUUUAUUUUAAAAUUUAUAUUUUGUAGUAAUUCCGGACAAUCAAUCAUAUUAUUUAAUAAUUUAUAUAAAAAUUUUAAUUUAAUUUGCAUAAAUCUAGCGACUGUAUAUUAAAAAAAUGGAUUGUGACAUUAUAAUUGGAAUGGGGUGCUCUAUAAACAAAACAUUGAAAAUAUAAAAAUGUGAUAAAAUUAUUUUGAAUUUUUUUUAAUAUAUACAUAUUUAAAUAUUCAGAAUAUUGAAAAUUGAUAUAAGUACCUAAAUGUAUAAUACUUAUAUCUUUGGUCCUAGGAUUUUACAUUUUACGAAAUACAUACAUAUUAUAUGCCAUAUAUAUCAAAAAAAUAAAGGAGAAAAACUUUUAUGACUAAGAUCAAAAUUAUAAAAAACAAAAACCAAAAAACUGACUUAAGCUCCUGUUCGUUAAGAUCAAAAAUAUAAUAUAUGUAUAACAUGUGUUGGUAUACAGAAUUAUGAAAAAAACCGAACGAAACAAUACAAAAUAAAAUAUUCAAUUGGUCUUCCGAGGAAAUUAUUUAUAGUAAAUAAUAUAUUUAAAACUCGUAUAGAUAUCUGAGUUGAAUAAAAUAUAACUGGGAACAUAUUGUUGGUUUGAAAUUUUUCAUGCAGUAGUAUUCUCGUGUAGGUUUUGUAUCUUUCCGGGUUAUCUUCAGGAAAUAUUCUGGAGGCCAACCAGAAUAAUAUCAGCUAUGGUUUUAGUGUAAACCGUAGUGUAUAAAGACACAGUAACUUGUUUCUGCUUUUUCGUAUAGUGCUAUACUGUAUAUAAAAAUUAAGGCAGAAAAUGUAUUGUCUUAAGUUAUAUCUUAAAAUGUAAUGUUCAAAUAAUUCUUAAAUGAUCUAAAAAAUUUAAGAAAACGAUUUAAAAAUCAAUAACUAUCCAAAAAUACAAAAUAAAAUUUCUUAUUCUUAUGCAAAAAUACUCGAAACAAAUUCUUAAUUCUAAACGAGCAAUGCCCAAGUGUUUUGGAAAAGAAUGCAAAAUGUAUUGAAAUCCAAACCCUAAUAAUAAAUAAUGAUAUAAAUUAAACUAAUGUAGUCAAAUUUUUAACAUGUAUAUCUACUUAUACAUAUUUUUGUAUAAAUUAGAAUGCUCAAUUGUUUUAGUUCCAUCCACUGCAUGGGACUAAAUUAACAACUAAUACAAUUUGAAUUAAAAAUUGAAUUGGUGUACCUAAUUAUUAUGUACAAGUAUUAAAUACUCGUGAAUAUUUAUAUAGGAAUAUGUAAAAAAAAAAAAAAAAAUAUGUGUGUAUUUUUUAACAUUAUUAAAGAUAGUUCGUCGAUUACCAUAAAAACUUAUUAAGAAAUAAAAAUAAAAUAUGAAUCGGGUUAGCUAAAUACAAUUAUUAUAGUCGUACAGUAUUCAAUAACUAGAUGACUAUAUUAUAAUAUGAAUUUAAAAUUAAUAAUAAUAAUAAUAAUAAUUGUUUAGUUAAAUUUAUGUAUGUAUAAAAAUUAAAGCUGACGUCUAUUAUGAUAGGCAAAUAGUAAAAACGAAUCUAAAAUAAUGUUAUUGGAUAUUAUACAUUCGCAAAAUGAUCUUACAUUCAUCUGUUUAGGUAUUAUAGUAGAAUAUACUAUUUUAUUUUAUUUAUCUUUAGAAAAGAAUAAUUGUUUAUCAUUAUACAACUAUUUUUUAAAUGCUGAGUGUACCGAGAACUUAUUAGUUUUAUACUAAGAUAUGUGUGUUUUUGUUGCUUCGAUUUUUUUAUGCCAUAUACUCAUAUAUGAUGCGGAUAAUUUGUUUGAUGGUAUACUUUCUUUGAAACAUUUUUCGACAUUCGUAAUACGUUUUCAUUAAAUGCAUGGAUUCUCUUGGCAAAAAGGGGAAAACACGACCAAUAUACUACUUCGUUCGAAAUCGCUUUUAGUUUGAAACGAUUGCAUACGGUGUAUACAUUAAAUUAACAUUGUUUGUUUGUUAUGUAAAAUGGUCACGUUGAAGUAAGAGUUAGACCAGACGAUGCAUCUAUGCCUUCCCACUAUAAUACAUUGUCGCUUAGCCCCUAAGUGUCGUUUGGGCCCUUUCGUAUAAACACCGCCGAAGUAUUAUAGUUGUGAUAUAUUAUUAUACAUUGUUUUAAAUUCUUUUCCUUGGCCAUCGUUCCAUACCGUUCUAAUACAAAACAGUGUGUCUAUUUUGUUCCGAACAUGUAUAGUAAACUAUUGUGUACUCUAUGUCUGAAAAAAAAAAUCCAAUGCAUUUGGAGGUUUCAAUGCCGACCGUGUAUAGAAUACAAUACAUUAUAUUGAACAAUAUUUCAAAUGCAAACGUGUAUAUAGUGUUUUGCGUCACAUUCGCCGUACGUGAUACUCGUCAAAACAAACACCGAAAUAUUAACAAAUCGAAACUAAAAAUAGUGAAAAAAAAAAACAGAAAUCUCGAAUAAAUCGUGUGUUAAAAUAUAUACCGCGGUACAGGAUUAACAAUAAUAUUAUUAUUAUCCUGUAAUAAUUGUCUAAUAAUACGCUGUCGUUCGGAAAUAUAAUAUUAUUAAAAUAAUAUUUUGUACUACGAUUUUUUGUGCCAUUGCAAGCCAGUGUUUUGGCCCCCAAAAAAUUACGUUAUAAUAAAGUUUAUAGGCUCGACAAGUAGGUACCUAUUUAAUAUAUAGGUAUGCGAUACAAAUUAAUAAACGCAUUACACAAUUUUGCUUUUCGCAUUUUACCUAUACUAUGUUUAUUCUCGAAAAAAAAACUCUUCGGUAAAAUAAUUCCAAAAUUAAAAAUUACUCGAAUGACUUCACUAAUUUCAAACUCACAUGCAGAAUCUUGAUGAUUUUUUCAUGUAGAUAGGUACCUACUUUGCAGAUGCCUGUAGUAUAAUAUAAUCUGAAUUCCUGUAUGUAUUUAUACGCACUCGCAUAGACGUAAAUAAAAAGGGAGGGCUUAGCCAUCCCUGAGCCAUCUCAAACCACACCUAUAGUCUUUGAAUUAACUUAGACAUUUAUAACAGGUCUGAAACACCUAGUGUACUCAAGCUCUGUGUAUUUUCAAACUAUUUACGUCUACGCGCACGAAUAUUGUUCGUUUUACUAAGUAUUAAAUGCUUUAUGCCGGCACAGUCGAGCCGAAACCGUCUUACUGAAACACGACGAAUGAAAAAAAAAAACAUAACAAGUAUCCUUGGGGGGUGCCCGCAGGAAAUUUAUCAGGGGGGCAGUGUUUAAUUCUAGGGGGGGGCAUUACUAAAAUUAUAGGAAUGACCUUUUUAUUUUUUUUUUUUAUGUUUAUCUAUACAGGCGAAUUUCAUUAAUUUACCCAAAUUUAAUAUCGGGGGCUGCCGCAUAAUAAAAUCAAACCGUAUUUGAAAUUUUUGAAGUCCGGGGGAGGAGGCAGACGCCCCGUAUUGUCCAUGCAAGUAUCGAUAGACCCGGAAAUUAAAAAAAAAAAAAAAAAAAAAAAGAACGUUCGCAGGUGACGCGUACAUUGAGCAUACUAUCCAGCAGCGCAUAACCUAACCUGACCAAACCAUGCCUGCAGCAGAUUUACGCGUUUCGCAUGACGAAAAUAUGCCGACACACACGCCGUGGUAACAUUUCAGGCGCCCGGUGGUAUAUGAUUAUAAAUCGUAAUAAUAGUAUACGCGAGCGAACCCGCUGCGGGUCUCGGCACGUAAUGGCACUCGCGCGAAACAAUUUAAUUAACAAGUUUACGUGAGACUAUGCGCCCGACCUCAGCGACGUGACGACCAAACAAUAAUAACACGAGCAAUAUUAUGUACCUGCGCACAGACGCGGAAAUGACCGGAGCAUUUCAAACACCUUGUGCCAUUUCCACGUGUCCGUGUGUACCUGCAAUACAGCGCAGGUACCGUCUCGCCGCGUAUCAUAUUAAUUAGCGACGUACGAGUAAUGCGAAUAACCGUCGUUAAUACUAUGACCAGUAGUAUAGUAAUAAUAUAAACAAAGCUUUUUUUUUUUUUUUCUUAAAGAACACACUGCAGUGAUGAUCGUGUUUUCCAGUCAAGUUCAAGUGUGAAAUAUACCGGUUUCCGUUAAUUCAACAGAGUCGCCGACGAAGCGAUAAUAGCAAACGAUUAUUAUUCUCGUCGGGUUUUCGAACGCGGCGUUUCCUCAUCGCUCGUUCGUAUCCGGGCGAGUCGCUAAUUUGUCGAAAAUUCGCACGCCGCAGUGCGUCUCUGCGUCAAAAAAAAAAAAAAAAAAAUACAAAUUAAUCAAAUUAUUCUUUGAUUCCGGGGAAGAACGGCUUAUGUCAAUUUCGUAUAGUUUUCAGUGCGAGCAUGUUAUUAAACUUUGAAAUUGCUCAAUGGCGUAAUGGCAUAAUAUUCGCUAAAUCGCCUUAUCAAAAUAUGCCGUUCGAAACGGUCUAUAUCCGUCUUAUUGGCCAAACAAAAAGUACAUUAUGAACUGUUAAUAUUAUAUUUUAAUUUGUUUCAGUAUUACAUAGUACGUUAGAAUAUAUACACGCGCUUUUAAGCAAUAGCGUAAGCGCAACUAGGGGGGGGGGGCAUGACAAGGGCAUAUUUAGCACCCUCGAGUUUAAAAUCAGCACCCAAAAAAAUAUCUAAUAAGCAUUUUUAUAGUAUGGAUUAAAUAUUUUAUCCAUGUAUUCCUUAACUAAUUGGCAGAUUACCUGCAGACAAUGCACGUGUGUAUGAAAAAUUAAGUUAAAACAGUUAUGAGACUUAUAUUUUUGCAUACAGAAUUGUAAAUGAAAUGUGUAGUUGUUUAUUGUAAGCGUCGUGCAAAGGGGACUGUGGGAGCAUUGUUCCCAUGGGUCUGUGAUGUGCCUAUCAUUUUAGCACCUCCAAAGUUGGUGGUCUAGUUGUGCCUAUGCCUAUUAGAACCAAAAAAAAAAAAAACACGGGGAAACGAAAUUACAUAAAGAAAAGUUAUAUGCAUAACAAAUUGCUAAAAAUUGACAUAAGCACUCCUUUCCUGGGACCAUAGUGUUAUUAUAACACAAUCUAAAGUCUUAGAGUUCGUAUUACGUUAUACACGUCACGCGAUUAUUAUACGAUAUUAAACUAUUAUAACACUAUACGCGUAUACAUAAUAAUAACAGUAAUAAUAAUAAUAAUAAUAAUAAUAAUAAUAAUAAUAUUAUUAUUAUUAUUAUAUCUCGUCGUCUCUUAUUAUAUUCCAUCGUCAUGUAUAAUAGUAAUAAUAUUAUGAUUAGAUAUGUAGUUAAUUUUUUUUUUUUAUUUCGAAGCUUACGCGAUGUUCUGACCCAGCGUGCGAGCGCGCGAUUUUAAACGAAACGCUGUGUGUGAUGACAACGAAAACAAUUAAUAAAAUAUAAUAAACGUCCCGCUUUCCCCUAAAACAGACUUUCUUCGUAUAGUGAUAUAAUGAUUUUUACACUUAAAAUUUAACAAUUGUAUAAUACAUAUAAUAUGAAGAUAUAAAUUAUAUUUUAUAUUAGAAUAAUUUAAUAAUUAAACAAUAUUUAAAAAGUAUAGAUAAACGGUUAAGUUUAUUUAUACUAUUAUAAACUUUUAAGUAUUAAAAUAAGUAUAGAUAAACGGUUAAGUUUAUUUAUACUAUUAUAAACUUUUAAGUAUUAAAAUACUGAAAUUCAAACUUUUAAGUAUUAAAAUACUGAAAUUCAUAUUAAUUAUAGGGUAAAGACACUAGGGGAAUGAUACCAUGCCCGGAUUGAGAUUUAAAGGGGAGCCAGGGGGCAAUGGCUCCCGAUGCACAAGACUCCAAGAGCUCAAUUUUUGUCAGAGUGUGUGCUUUAUCUAUGCAUUUAGUUAUGAACUUUGUAUUUCGACAUUUUAUACUUAUAAUAGUUUUUCGUAAUCUACCUGACUUUAUAGUUUAUAGUUAUAGUGGAAACUAUUAUGUAGUAAAACAAUUUCAUUUGAUUUUACUGAUGUUUUAUGUCUAUUAACAACUUAGGUACCAAAAAUUAUGCUCCGAUGUAGCAUAUUUUCUGAAAUCUUUUCUAGUUCAUCAUUUUUUGAUUUAUUUUGCGGUCUUCUUGAUCAUCUUUGUAUUAUUUUUUUUGAGAGCUUCGUUGCAAUGUUUUGCUCCGGAGCCUCUGAAAAUCUGAAUUUGGGAUCAAUUUUACUAUAGUAUUUAACAAUAAUUUUAAAAAAACAUAAAUUUUAAGAGUUCCUAUGAUAGACCUAAUCAUAUAAGAAAUCAUAACUCAAAUUAAACAUUAAAAUUAUCAACAUUUAUUUGUAACAUAUUCGAGACGAUCUAUUUUUUCUAAUAAUAGAUAUGAUACGAUUUUAUUAUGACAAAUUCAAAAUUUUCUAUUUAAAACUGCACCAUUAUAUAGAGAAGAAAAUAAAUUUUAAGAUCAAAUAUAAGAUCAUAGGUUUAUUUUUAGAGUUUUAAUAAAUUUCUGAAUUUAUUAUAUUGCUUAAACUGGCAUGGUGUCUUUAUCCUAGUCUUCUGAAAAUUUUACAGAUUUAUGAUAUCGUUAUUGAUAUUUAUGAUGGAUUGGUAUAAUAUUAUUUGAAUUUAUGUAAUAUAUAUUUUUUUUAUGGAUGAUUAAGUUUAGGAACCACUGGGAUAAUAUAAUUUAUUAUUCAUAAAAUUUACUAUAGCAAUUUAUAUUUUUAUUUUUACAGGACCAUAAAGAAUUCAUAAAGAAAUCGAAAGAUCCAUUGAUAACAAGAAGUGCAAAAGAAUUAUCGUUAUUACAAUACCAUGAAGUUGAACCACAUUUACAGUCAAAUCCAUUUAUUCUAUCCGGUUACAGAGCUAGUCUAUCUACAAAAAUGUGCAUUGAAAGGUAUGACGUAUGACGUACGAAAGGUAUUAUUAAGUUUUAUAUUGUUUUUAACAAUAAUUAUUUACGUGUGUACAUUAUUUUCCAUCAGGCUAUAUUAAAGGUAUAAAAAGGUGGUAUAGGUAAUAAAAAAAGACGCAUCUUAUCAUUCUAUCGAGUCAUGAUUGAAUUAAGUACCUUGAAUACGUUUUUUAUGUACAUUUAAAAAUAAUUUUCAAAUCGUGAAUCGUGGAUAAUUAAUCACGAAAAAAAAAAUAUUAAUGAAGGUCUUUUAAAUAGAAUUAUCAAUUUUAUUAUCAAUUUAUCACAUCUAAAAUAAUUUCAUGGUUAAUAUUCUAUCGUUUCGUUUAAAAUAAAUACCUAUAAUAUAGGUGUGAAAUGCGUUGUAAAUUUGAGCUUUGUUUGAAAUUGCAUCUAUAUUUGUCUUUAUAUAUAUAUAAAAAAAAAAUAAGUAUAUACGUAUUAAAAUAGAAAAGUAUAAUAUAUUGUAAAACUAUUUCCUGAAUAAUGUCAGUAUAUCCAUAAAAACCUAUUACCAAUAUACAAUUAGGAAAAUGGGUAUAUGCGAUCGGUAUAAAUAUAAUGCUAUCGAUUUUCGGUAUAGUCUGUAACUCUUUUGAUAUUUUUCCGUACAAUUCUAUUUGCCAAUGGGCUAUGAAAUAAACGAGCUAUUCAGAUUGUUUGCAUUUUUUUAUAACGCUUCAAGAAAAAAAAAACCGACAAGUUGCUUAAACACCGACACUCGCUUUACUGUAUGCACUGUUAUUAUUUAUUAUUAUAUUCAUUAAUAUAAAUUAUAAUUAUCAUAGGUAAGUACCUAAUAUAUUCGUGGCAAGGUUGGCAUUGUGAGACAUAAACUAUAUAUACUAUAAUAUAAUAUACCGAUAGGUUAUUUAUUUAUUAACCUCAUCAAUGUUAAAUAAAAAUCACGAUCAAAUUAUUUGUAAUUUUUUGUUUUGUUUCAGUGCUUUUUGGCUGACAAACGAAACCAUAAAUAUCUGGUCACACGUAUUCGGCUGGAUGCUGUUUUUCGGCCUAACAAUUUAUGACUUAAUUUUGUUAAAUAUUCAUGCUUCGUCGUUCGAUAAACUCGUCAUGGGUCUACUACUAGGGUGUUUCCAGGUAUUCAUUCCAUAAAAUAGUUUUAGAAAAUAUCACCUAAUCGUAGUGAUCAAAAUGUGUUCGUUUCCUUGAGAUGUUGUUUUCAAUUGCCAAAUACUGUAUUUUAGGUCGAUACAUACAUUGAUUUUAUGCGUAAUUUUAUUUAUAAGUGAAAUAUACUAUGUAGUGUUUGGUAUAUUGUUAUACAUAAUUUACGAAUAUAUUCUAUUUUUGAAAUCAUUACAUAUAAUCCACCUGAUUUUCAAUUAAUGUUUGUGCAUACAAAAAAAAAACGAUAAUUAUAUAGAAAAUAUAUAGAACAAUGUUUUUCAACCUUUUUAAAGUCACCGUCCUCUUGAUAAGAAAACGAUUGUUCAACGCCUCCCCAGUGGAAAUCUCGUAAUUGAGGGUUAAGAAGGGAGAGAAUGUUGAAUUAUAAAAUUGAAAGAAAAAAAACUAAAAUGAUGAAUAAAAAAAAAAAAAAAUAAUAAUAAUACCCUUAAACAUUUGUCUUUAUUGAAGAAAACUAAAAUGAACGAAUAACCAAAAAGGACUUUAUGUUGUUUCAUGAAUGAAGCAUACAAAAUUACUCAUUUUAAGCGAAAAUACGCUCGUUGCCCCUUUACUGUUUAAAAAUUAUUCAACGCCCUACACUACCCAAAAUAAGUAUAUCGUCUCUUAAUAUCCUCCUAAAGCCCUCGGGGGACGUUAUCGCCUCCGUUGAGAACCUGAAAACCAUUAAUAUAGAACAUGUACUAGAUAAUAUUUAAAAUAUAUCGUCUACUGAAAAUUAGAUUCAUUAAAAUAUUAAUUGUGUUUUUUUUAAUUGUAUUUUUUAGAUUAGUAUGGCUUCGUCGGCUAUGUAUCACACGUUUUCGUGCAAAUCCGAGAAACACUUUAACUGUUUUUUGUCGUUCGACUUGUUUGGAAUAGCGUUGAGCUUGCUGGCCAUCUAUUUGUCGGGAAUAUAUUACGCUUUUUGGUGUCAUUCCGUAAGUGAACAUAUUAUACAGGGUGUGCUACCGUGUUUUUCUUUUUGCCUACCUACCAAUUAAAUAAAGUAGGUACGUGGUAACCGGAAAACACAACUAUUCGCCCUGUAUACGUCAUCGAACUAAGCCAUUUAUAAUGUGGUAUAGUUGGUAUUUUAUUUUUAUAAAAUAAAAUACACGUCAUAAUGUGUUUGGCACAUUUGAAAUAAAUGAAAAUGGCGCGAUAUAUUUUUCAGAUACAUCAAGCGUUUUAUUUGUCUACCGUAUUCUUUAUAUUUGUGGUCGUCAUGGCGUUGCAAAUACCAAAACUGAAAGCCAGCGACAAUUUGAAAAUGAUCUCAUUUGUGUGUUGGGCAGCAUACGGAGUGAUACCGACAUGCCAUUGGGUCAGCAUAAUGGGAGGAUGGGAAAAUCCAAUAGUUGCAGUAAGUGAAUACAAUAUGUUGAUACGAAUAGUCAAACACGAUAAUAUUGUUGUUAAUCACUAACCAGAACGGAAUUAAAUCAAACGGAUGCUACAAUUGGAAGUUUUCCGACUGCAACCGUUUCGAGAAUAUAGAAAUGUUAUAUGGACAGUACUAGGGCACUGUUCAUUAUUGACCUUUUUCAUCAAUAGCGAAACGAACUUAAAAUAACCUAAAAGCAACCUAUGACCUAUCCAAUAUCCGUCCACCAAUAUUUCCCAAUACAUCCUUAUGUUUUCACCUAUUUUAACCUACUUUGGUUAAAUGGUCAAUCGCUUAAUAUGGAUAAAUGUAACUGGUCUCAACAUGUCCAAAUUAAGCAGAAUCCAUUAUAUUUAGUUAUUUUCACAUCGAGUACUCAUCUACCCCUAAAUCUUAAAAAGAUCGAGAAAAAACCGCUUCUCAAAGUCUGCAUUCGUUUUGCCACUGUAUUUCAUUAUCUAAAUCAAACGAACUACGAAACCGUAAUUGCACGCCGCAGUAUUCAAGUAUAAAUUCAUAAUGAAUUUUAAUAUAUUUUAAUUACUAUUGUUAUAGUAUUAUAUUAUAGUGUAUUAUGUUAAACACAGAGGUCGGUACACAUAUACUCGUAUAUAUAUAUAUAUUUAUAAUAACUAUAGUAAUAUAGGUAUAGUCGUUAAUGUCAUGAAUAAUUUAUAAAAAAAAAUUUUUUUUUUGAAAUGAUUAUGUCGAAACACUAUAGUCUUAAAAAAUAAUUCAUUAAUGAGAUCGAAAAUAUUGCAAACACAUAGAGCACUAUUAUCUAUACAUUCGAAUGCUCAGCAAAAAUAUACAAACUAUCGAAUUUGUCUAAAUUUGAAAUAAUUACUGACUUAGUCUUGUACUAUUAACUAACAGAAAACUACUUUAAAUUUCUGUAUUAAUAGUGAAAAGUAUAAUAGAUGAUUUACUAAGACAGAAAAAAUGUAUUUAUUUCUGAAAAAGUACUGUAGUUACUAAGUUACCAUAGUUAUACCGUAAACAACGGCGUGCCCAGGAAUUAUCAAUAGGAGAAGAUCUAAACAAAAAUCAUAAAUAAAUCAUAAAUUGGUCUUUUCUACCCAAAUUAACUGUGGGAAUUAGUAAUUUAAAAUCCGGAUCCUAAAAAAGGCCAAUUUCUAAUCAAUAUGUCAAGUUUUUUCUCGUAACUUGGCUAAAAUAUAUGCAUUUUGACAUUAGAUUACUCAUAUUUUUUUGUAUUUUAAGCCAAUGGGGGAUAUAACUUCUAACUCCUCCCCCUCUUCACAUGCCAUUUACCGUAUAAAAAAAUUGUGCGUUAUCGACAUUUUUUAAAAUUGUGUCCAAUAGUUACAAAAUAUUGUAUAAUAAACGAUGUUAAAUCAUAAUUUAAAAAUAAUAGAAAUAACAAUAAAAUUUUACAUGAAAAAUAAAUAAUAAAAUAUGUAAAUAAAUAGUAGGUUUAUUUCGUAUCACGUCAUUACUUUUUUUUUAUUGUUACAAAUAUAUUUGUAAUGUACGUACGCAUUGUGCUGUGAUAAUAUUUUUAAAAGUUUAUUAAUGGCACGUAUUAAAACAAAAUUCUAUAAUUACAUUAUUUGUUCAGUCGAAUCCCGAGCUAAUUUUUUCUUUUUAUUUAUAUUUUUUCAGAAAUUGUUUUCAAGAAUAAUAAAUAUGUACCUCAUUUCUGGAAUGGCGUUUCUAAUUUACAUUACUAGAAUGCCAGAACGGUUUUUCAAAGGUAAAUAUUGUGUUUGUUACUAUAAAAAAUCACGACAUUGAAUGUACUUACUACAUACUUACAUUUAAAAAUAAAAUAUAUAAUACAAUCGUAGUUCUUAUUUAGAUUGAGGUUAUGAUAUCUUAUUUAUACUGUAUCCAAUGAUAUAAUUUUCAAUUUUUUUCCAAAUUCGUAAUUUUUUAAAUUCCCAUCUCUAACUGUAGGCCAAUUAUUAGGUUUUGUUUUUUUUAGAGAAUUGUCUUAUUUUACUUUUAACAUGUUUUUGAAGUGGUAAGAAUUCUGGAAAUUACAUGACGAAAUCUGCACGUUGCAAAACUGUGUUAUAUGUUGAUGGAAAUCACGUACAACCAGUAUUGUUUAUUUCAAACGUGUGAUUUAUUUAAUCAUACGUUCAAUGAAUAUUGUCGCGUUUCCAAUGCGAUCUGUGUUGUGAUAAGUGUUAUUAUUUACUUAACAAAACUCUGGUUUGAGGGACACAUACAGUUUUUACGUAAUUUAUUUGUAUAUAAAUUAUUAUUCCAAUACACUAGUAGCUGGGGAGUAAUCGAUUUGAAGGAUAUAUUGCAUCCAUAUAUUAACAACAUAAAAUUAUUUUAUAAUAAAGUAUAUAAGCAGUAGUGCAACCAGGAUUUAUUUUUUAUUUUUUUUUUUUUUGGGAGGGGGGGGGUUAUAGAUUUAAACAAUUUGGGCUGCUCACGAGUAUUUCAUUGUUGCUGAUGGGUAGUUAGGAAAGUAUGGGAUAUACAGGGUAAUUUAGUUUGUAUACUGUAUGUAUAAAUUAUUGCAAACGAAAAAUGCUUCUCGUUACGUUAGUAAUGUAGUCGUGUUUUUUCCGUUGUUGCCAAGUAUUCCAGAAAUAAAAAAAAAGAUAUAUGAGGUGAACUGUUUCAAAUAAAGAAUUAUUGUACAAAAAUGUCUUAUCAGGUAAGAUACUGCGUAAAAAAAAAAUUUUUUUUUUUCCAUGCGAUCAAGAUUCAACGAAAGAAAAAUUGUUUAGAUAGUCUAUUGGGAAUCUAAAAAAUUGUUUCAAAAAAAAGUACCGUAGAGCAAAAAAUUCAUAUAUUUUAAAGAAUGAUCUGAAAAAUUCGGGGUAUACUUGUUAAUACAAAUAUUUGUUUUUUCCGAAAAAAAAAGUAUAGCUUAUUCACUACACAAUUAAGUAGUGUAGCUUAUGCAAAUAUGCUUAUGCUACACAAUAGAUCUAGGACACACAACAUAAAUUUGUUACAUAAUUCUAGUUUUUAAGAAAUACUGUUAAUUUAAUAUUUGAUAUAAGCAAAUACACAAAUUAUUUCGUAGGAUUCGUAGAAUUCGUAGAAUUUCAAAUUUCGGAGGAGGGCCAUUAUUACUUCCCAAACCCAAAAAAAUGAUCGUGUCUCUUAGGUAUUAAAAAUAAAACAGACCAAUGAAAACAAUGUAAUAGUUUUCUUAGUUGUCACGCACAUGAGUUUAUGUAUUAUUAAGAAAAAAUAAUUACUCGAUCUAAGUACGGCUAGUCCAAAAACCCGAAGGGUCUGGAAUACGUAUAUAUGAGGAUUUAAGAAGCAGGUGGUUAGUGGUAAUGUGUACAGGAAGAGGGAAUAAAGAAAGGCGGGAUGGGCAGAUUAAUCCCCUAAACAUAUCAGAGCCGGGAAAAUGGAAAAACUUGUUUCGUUUAAAAUAUUGUCUUUACACGAUUCGUAUUUUCUUUUUUUUUCAGGUAAGGUAGAUUAUAUUGGAUCGUCGCAUCAAUGGUGGCAUUUCUUAGUCGUACUCGCUUUGUAUUACUGGCAUAACACUGGCAUCCUGUACAUCGAAUACAGAAUGAACCACGGAUGUGCACACGAUUUACGAUUAUGAUGUUUGACUGCUCAAUAUGUGUUUUUAUUAUUAUUAUUAUUAUUAUUAUUAUUAUAUGAUAUUUAAAUUAUUUGUCGUGUUAAAAACUCGUUUGUUAUAUUUUACAAUUAUUUAAUAUUUUGUAUUUUUCUUCUAGCACACGUGUAUUAUAAGAAUUGUUCGGUAUUUUAUAAAUACAGUCGAUUACCAAUGCAACAGAAUACAAUUG